AUGGCUGAACGACUACGCCGGGACACCAUAACAGCUACUGCACAACAACUAAAUGGCAUACAACAGCAUAUAUCAGUUGUGAUACGCGGUUCUGUACGCUUUUUCCUUUUAUCGUUCACAUAUAUCAGUGGAAUAGACAAGAAAAUGACAGAUGAACGCGUUGAAAAACAAAUGGAAUCUGGCGGUAAUGUGAGUGGCGAUGAGCGCCGUGCGGAAAUUGCUAACAUCGAGAAUGAAGUAGCAGCACUCAUUCAACAGGGAUAG